AUGGAUCCGCCGCACCCUCCACACCACCACCACCACCACCACCGGCUCCACCUCCGCCUCGACCCCGGCCACCACCACCGCAUCCACAUCCACCUCCGCCACCACGCCGCCCACCUCCUGCCCGCCGCCGCUCCCUGUGCCCACCACCACCACCACACAUCGGUUCCUCUUCCUCCUCCCCACACGCUUCCCCACCCGCCGACCGCGGCGGAAGGACCACUCCCCGGGCCGCAGGGAGAGGCGGCGGGGGACGCGGAUGAGCCGGCGCCGCAGGCGGAGCGAGGAGAGGAAGUUUACCUCGGGCAGGAAGAAGAGUGGGGGGAGGAGGAGGAGGAGCCGGUGUUCGUUCUGACGGAGGAGUGGGCCGAGUUCUUCGCCAAGGCCGACGCCAAGAGGAGGCUGGCCAAGCAGCAGAGGAAGAACCGGAAGAAAUAG